GACGUUGUUUCCGGUAGGGGCUUGGAGCGAAGCGGCGGCAAUCACGUGGUGGUGGCGGUCACUGUGGCCGGGGAGCGCUGCCCCUCCCCCUCCGCGGCUGCAGAUGAAGGUGCCGGUGGGAGCACGCCCCGAGCCUGCCCCGACCCCGCCGCUCUGCCGUCCCGGCUGCACCGGGAGGAUGGGAGCGAAAUGAGCCCCGAGCCGGAGCCGCCGCCAGCCCCGGCCGGGGAGGCGGAGGCGCCAGCAGCAGCAGCUGGGGAAGGCGGCGAGAAGCGGGGCAUCUGCGUCAUGCUGGUGAAGAGGAUCGGCCUGAAACCGGGCGGCGGCAGCGCGCAACAAGGUAUUGGUCGACCAAGUGUGUACCAUGCUGUCGUGGUCAUAUUCCUGGAAUUCUUUGCCUGGGGACUAUUAACAACUCCCAUGCUAAAAGUCUUACAUGAAACAUUUCCUCAGCAUACAUUUCUAAUGAAUGGUCUUAUUCAGGGUGUUAAGGGUUUUUUAUCCUUUAUGAGUGCUCCAUUAAUAGGUGCUCUAUCUGAUGUGUGGGGAAGAAAGUCUUUUCUUCUUGUUACAGUUUUCUUCACUUGUGUCCCAAUUCCAUUAAUGAGGAUAAGUCCAUGGUGGUACUUUGCUAUGAUUUCAGUAUCUGGAGUCUUUUCUGUUACCUUCUCUGUAAUAUUUGCGUAUGUAGCUGACAUAACACAAGAACAUGAAAGAAGUACUGCCUAUGGACUGGUUUCUGCCACCUUUGCAGCAAGUUUGGUAACUAGUCCUGCCAUUGGAGCAUACCUGUCUGCCAGCAAAGGAGAUAACCUUGUAGUACUAGUGGCCACAGUGGUGGCUGUCCUGGAUAUCUGUUUCAUCCUAUUAGCUGUACCAGAAUCUCUACCUGAAAAAAUGAGACCUGCUUCAUGGGGAGCCCCUAUAUCCUGGGAACAAGCAGAUCCCUUUGCAUCCUUGAAGAAAGUUGGGAAAGAUUCUACAGUCCUCCUGAUCUGUAUCACAGUAUUUCUGUCCUACCUGCCUGAGGCUGGCCAGUAUUCUAGCUUUUUUCUCUAUUUGCGACAGAUUAUAGGUUUUGGUCCUGCUACCAUAGCAGCAUUCAUAGCUGUGGUAGGAAUUCUGUCUAUAAUAGCUCAGACCGUGUUCCUCAGUAUCCUGAUGAGGUCAAUAGGGAACAAGAAUACAGUCCUCCUUGGCCUUGGCUUCCAAAUGCUCCAGCUGACCUGGUAUGGUUUUGGAUCUCAACCUUGGAUGAUGUGGGCAGCAGGAGCUGUAGCAGCCAUGUCAAGUAUUACGUUUCCAGCAAUCAGUGCUUUGGUUUCACGAAAUGCAGAGCCAGAUCAACAAGGUGUUGUCCAGGGAAUAAUAACUGGAAUCAGAGGUCUGUGUAACGGCCUUGGACCAGCUCUCUAUGGCUUUAUAUUCUUUCUCUUCCAUGUGGAGCUCAAUGAAUUGGCACCUGUCCAGAGUUCUGAUAAGAACACCAUGCAGGAUCCUAGUGAUGAGAGAGCUAUCAUCCCUGGCCCACCUUUCCUGUUUGGAGCAUGUGCAGUUCUUCUAGCUUUUCUGGUUGCCUUAUUCAUUCCUGAGCACAGUAAAGCCAGCUGUACCAGGAAGCACAGCAUCAGCAGUGCCCAGAGCAACAACCCAGAUCGUGGCAGUGAUGAGGACAUUGAACCAUUGCUGCAAGACAGCAGUGUCUGAGGGCUAGCUUUGAAAAAGGAGGCUGCAAAUCAAAAUUCAUGCACUGAUCUGUGAACCCAGAAAACAGGACAGAAUGCAGUGAGCUUCUGGUCUCUUAAGGGAGGAUGGAGCCAUGUGCAAGUGAAGAUCACAUGUUGUUGUGGAUAUUGGUGUCCACUUUGGGUUCAUACUAUCAAACAUUUACUGUGGUAUUUUGUUUUGUGUACUAGGGCAAGGUAAGGUUUGAAUCCUUGUUACUCCUGUACCCGAUAUGUAACUGCAAAUACCAUCUCAAGCCCUGAUGUUGGAUUGAAAACCUAAAUACACAGACCAUGCAGAGAAUAAACUUUAAUAAAAUAUUUUGAACGUUCAGUUCCCUAUAGUCACUAUAAACAAAAUAAGCAGGUUUGAGGCAGACUACAGUUCCUGCCAAAAUAGUUAAAGGUUAAGUUUUGCAUUUUAAGCCUUUUCUUUGGUCCCUCCCAAACCUAGGAGGGUUACACAGGGCCAUACAUCCAAUCUACAGAGGUUUAGUAUCUGAAAUAUUGCAGAUUAAGGUCAUAUUAAAAAUCCUGAACCCAUAUUCUCAAAUAUUUAUGUAUCAUACUAAUAAAAAACCCAGUGGACUCCUUAGGGCGUUGAUAAAACUAAACAAUUACUUUUUACAGAUGAGGGAUCACGUAUGACAACUUGCCUAGGAGUGAAGGACAUAUUCAAGUCUUAAACCCACAUUCCAGAACAGUGUCUGACCUGAAGUGGCUAAAAAGAAAAUCCAGUUGGCACCUGUGAGCAUUGAUAGCGUCAGUGCUCUGCUAGUAGAAAAUGAUUUUAAUUAUUGAUUGUAUAGCACCACAAAUGUAGAUGUUCUUCAUUUGUGUGGGGGCUAGUUAACUGGAUGCUGUGGCAACUUACAUCAAGACUUGUGUGUAUUUAUUGCAUUUUGUCACUGAUCUGCCGUAUAAAAUAACUCUUCCCACUAAUUUCACCCCUGCCUUAAUUGCUACUUAGUGUGCAUUUAUUCUCAUCUAGCCUUCAUAUCAAUGUGUCUCACCUGCUGAAUCUCAAGGAAAUAUGCAUAUUAAGUUCUUUUCUAAAAGAUGGUUUAAAGAAGUUCAGUGUCUACAAAGUGUUAUGCUAAUUUUUAGACAUUUUAUGAAAAAUUAUACAGAUUUAUAUGUAUUUUGUUGCAGUGUAAAUGAACCAUUAAACAAAACCUGACUUUAACAAAGUACUCCUAUGAAUGUUUUGUACGUAUGAAAUAUAUGUAGAUAUUUGUAAGGAGUUUUAAUUUUUUCCAGAUGGAAGUGCUGUGUAAAUCUUGUAUUUAUAAAUGCAAUGAGGGUACUGACAGAUAUACAGUUUUUAUAAAGGAUUGUGUAUUGACUGAACAAAUUUUAAAAAAUUAUAUAUUUUGAAACUUGUUCCAUCUUGAGCAGAGAUAACAGACCUUUUGUACUAUGCAGUUUGGUUUUUAAGUUAAGCUUCCAUAAUAAAUCUGCAACUUAUACUUUCUAGGUU